ACCGGGACCAUCCGUCGACAGCAGUGAGUGGAACUAAUACCUACCUAACUUGUGGAAGUGAUGUAAGUGAGGCAGUCAUGUUCCAGGGUUGUGAGUGGUCGAGAGGGGUUGCCCAAAACGGACUAGCGCGACCUCUCGGGUAAAUCAUCCCUCACUCUUGUAAACAACAUCGCAGAGAAGGACCACCCCAACUUCGUCUCGCGCCGCCAACUACCACACCCGCCCAAACGCGAAAAUCACGACAGCACCCCGCUGACCACACUUCUCACAAGAUUGGAAAUACGCAAAAGCGCACCGAAAUUCUGGUCGCCUGGGAUUUUUGACGCGCCAAUUGACGCGCUUUUCGAUUGCCUCGAGGCGCGACUUUCCGAUUCCUACACCGAGCGCCACCUUUUGUCUCUCGACCGCAUGCUUCAUUUAACGCGCCAUCCAUGACGACCGUCAUUCGCACCCGUCACCCGUUGCAAGUCAUUAGCAUGAGCAACGAGCAGCCAGAGAGAAGGAAAAGCAAGCGUCUUGCGGGUGAGUUGGAGGAGCGCGGGGAGGCGGCAAGGAUGAUGCUAAAACGACGCGCAGCUUCAUCGGUUUACGACGAGCAGGAUGGCGACUUCCACUUCACGCGCGGAUCCAAAUCGAAGCGAGUUAAGAACGCAGAACCCGAGCCAGAACCCGAACCGGAAAUCGAAACUGAACCGGCGCCACUACCCCCGAAAAAGUCUGGAAGAGGAAGGCCAGCAAAAGGACGCGCUUCGGCGGCAGCGAAGGCGCCCGAGCCUGCAUCACCAGUAGCUGCGCCGAAAGCAGCUGCUUCAUCAAAGCCGCGAACGCGACGGACAGCGAGCACGCAGCCGGCGGAGGACGAUGAGCUACAAUUAUUUGCGCCUAAGCGCACGACGAGCCGAAGCACGCGCAGAUCGACUGGGAAAACAGAAAAGGCAAAGCCUGCCAGGAAACCAGCACCAGAACCAGUCCCAGAGGAGGAGGAAGAGCAUGAUGAAGUUGACAGCGCGACACCGAGGGAGCCGGAGCCGGAUAGGCGGCGGACGCCACGCGCCAUCGAGGAACCGGUCGAGUCUGCAAAAAUCACGCUUCCCGUCAGCGACACGCCUGUUAUCAAUCGCAACAAGGAGAUGAGGAAAAAGGGCGGAGGCAAUCGUCGGAGCAGCACGGGUAUGCGCGGUCGGAGAGCAAGUUCGCUGAUUGAGAGUGGGCAUAACGCGAUACCCCACCGCGAGGUUGAAACUGCAGAAUUUUACAAGCAUAUUGAGUCGGAGGGUCUCAUGGAACCAAGACGGAUGAAGCAGCUUUUGACUUGGUGUGGCGAACGAGCAUUACUGCAAAAACCGCCCCAUGGCCAGACAGAUUCCAAUACUGUUUUGGGUGCUCGUUAUAUUCAGGAACAGCUCUUGAAGGACUUCUCUACAAAGUCAGAAUUUUCAGACUGGUUCAGUCGAGAAGAAGAGGGGCCAAAGAAGCCCGUGGUCUACCUCCCAAACCCGCGCAAUCUUGAACAUCAAGAGAAAAUUGAGCAACUGGAACAAAAAGUCAAAAGAUUAAAACUAGAAAAGAAGAAAUGGCUGGCGCUAAACAAACCGCGCCCGGAUAUACCACCACUCUUCUCAGAAACAGACACAGCACAAACAGCAACAGCAGCCGACGCAUCCAUCCUCGAGCCAAAUGAGGCAGAAAUGUUGAGCUGGCUCACCGACCCGGCAUCCUCGUUUGAGAAUGUCCGCGCCAAAACGCUCGCCCGCCUGCAAAACACGCAGUCGACGCUGGAGUUUAAGGUGGACCAGCUCGCGGACGGCAUACACAAGCUCUCCCAACGCGUUGACACGGCGGGCCGAGAGGCGGAUAAGGUCCUCUCUCUCAGUGCCGCGCGGCUCAAGGAGCGGGAGGUGAGGGAAAAAGCCAACGCGGGCACCAAGGAGAUGCCCGUCAUGGAGGUGCUCCGCAGCCUGGGGAGGAUAUUACCAGAGGGCGGGGAAUAAAGGAAACGAUUGUUAUUACACACAACGCCGCCGUUUCUCUCCUUUUUUUUUUCUUUAAUGACGACCGACCUUUGAGAAGGGGGGGUAUAAUGACUGAUAUGAAAUUGUGGUGGUUGGGUGGGCGGCGAGGUUCAUUCCUCUCUUUUUUUGAAUUGGCUUCCCUCGAGGGGGGUUGUUUAUCGAGAUGGGGGCCAUCUCUACUGGCAGACACA